GAACGCUCUGACACGAUCGACCUCUCUGACAGUUCGCUACUGGUGGACAUCUCCGACGCUUUAAGUGAACGUGAUAAGGUGAAGUUUACGGUGCACACCAAGUCGUCGCUGCAGGACUUCAAGAAGAACGACUUUUCGGUGGUCCGCCAGCAUGAGGAGUUCAUCUGGCUGCACAGCAGUCUGGUGGAGAAUGAGGAGUACGGCGGAUAUAUCAUUCCACCUGCACCGCCGAAGCCGGACUUUGACGCCAGUCGGGAGAAGCUGCAGAAGCUGGGCGAAGGCGAGGGCACCAUGACCAAGGAGGAGUUUGCGAAGAUGAAAGCCGAGCUGGAGGCGGAGUACCUGGCCACCUUCAAGAAGACCGUCGCUAUGCACGAGGUCUUUCUCCAGCGACUGGCCACCCACCCAAAGUUCCGCAAUGAUCCCAACUUUAGAAUAUUCCUCGAGUACGAGAAUGACCUAAGCGUUCGAGGGAAGAACAAACGCGAGAAGCUGUACGGCCUCUUCAGCUCAGUAAAGAGCUCCACGGACGGCCUGGUGCUCAGCACAACGCAGAAGGACAUUGACCAGUUUUUCGAGACGGAAAGAGUGUACCUGAACGACUACUUCAACAACAUUCGCAAUUGCACGCUUAAAUCAGACGCUAUGACCAAGAGCCACAAAGCCGUCGCCGACUCGUACAUCAAAAUAUCCUCCGGUCUAGUGCAGUUUGCCAACUCGCCCGAGGUUGCGCCGACGCCCGACCUGGCCAAGGUUUUUCUCCGAGUGGGCGAUGCUCUGGAGAAACUGCGCAAGACGGAAAAUCGUGUCGCCUCUGAUGAAGAUCUGAAGCUCUCUGAUCUGUUUCGGUACUACAUGCGGGACACUAGUGCCGCUAAGGAACUGCUCAACCGUCGGUUGCGCUGUUUGGCCAACUACGAGUCGGCCAAUCGCAACCUAGAGCGUGCCCGGGCAAAAAAUCGCGACAUUCCAGUGGCAGAGACCGCCCAGACGGAGGCCUGCGAAAAGUUUGAGGGCAUCAGUGCGCUGGCCAAGCAAGAAUUGACUGACUUUAAGAAGCGCCGAGUAGUUGCCUUCCGCAAGUAUCUGGUUGACAUGACUGAACUGCAGAUUAAACAUGCAAAGUCACAAGUUCAGCUAAUCAGAAACUGCAUCUCAACACUGAAUGAUGAGCUAUUGACAGAGAACUGA